AUGUAUCUCCAUCCCCUGUCCGUCUUUUUCCUCGUCCUCGUUGUUGCCGUGGCCUCAGAGGUGUGCGUUGCCGUGACGACACCGCUUCAUGGCUUCCGAGGUUGCGCCGUGAGAGAGUUCUCGUUCGUGGCCCAGAAGCCGGGCUGCAAGGGGCUGCGUAUCACCACAGAUGCCUGCUGGGGGCGCUGUCAAACCUGGGAGAAACCUAUACUGGAUCCUCCCUACAUCCACCGUCACCACCGAGUGUGUACGUACAAUCGGACCCGCCAGAUGACGGCCCGCCUGCCGGGGUGCCAGCCCAACGUCUCCCCCCUCUACCAUUACCCCAUGGCUCUGCACUGCCACUGCGCCAUCUGCUCCACGCAGGACGCAGAGUGUGAGACAUUCUGAGGGGCAGGAUGCUGCGUCAGCUAACCAUGUUAUCAACAGUUUUACUCAAAUGAA